AUGCCGUCCCAACAACCCCCCGCCUCCGCCGCCUCCGCCGCCGCCGCCGCCAUCGCCGCCCUCCCACCCCUCCCACCCCUCCCACCCCUCCAGGCCACCCUCCUCGCCCUCCUCCUCCCGCUCCUCGCCUACAUCGCCCACACGCUCCACGCCCUCCUCGCCACACACCGCGCCGCCGCCGCCGCCCAAACCGCCUCGACCGACGCAUUCCUCCGCGAACUGCGCUCCGUCAGCGCGGCCGCCGCCGAAGCCGCCGCCGAGCGCGCCACCAAGGACAACAAUGCCAGCGGUGGCAGCGUCAACGUCGAGAAGGACCUCAUCGCCCGCGCGACGCGCGCGGUCGAACGCGUAGUCGGCGCGGCGGAGGCGUGGGAGAAGCGGUGGGGGCAGCAGGAGCAGCAGCAGCAGCAGCAACAACAUCAUCAAGUCGGCGGCGGGCACAACAACAACACCAACAACAACGGGCAGCAGCAGCACAACAGCAACGGCAACAGCAACGGCGUCGGCGUCAACGGGUCGCACGUGCGGCGGGGCAGCGCGGCGAGCACCGGCAGGGGGUCGAUGACAUAUAGUAAUUGGUACAACAGCGACGACGACACGGACCUGUACAGGCGCAAGGUGGAGGCGAUGGAGGGCCUGCGCCGGCUGAUGGAGGCGCAGCGCCCCGCGCCGGCGGCGGUCGAGGACGCGGACCUGUAUCGCCGGCGGGUCGAGGCGCUGGAGGGGCUGCGGAGGGUGUUGGAGAUGCAGCCGGGGGUGGGGUUUGGUGCGGGCGUGCAGGGGUAUGGGGGUUCGACGGUGGCGGCGGGGAGGAAGAAGGGAGUGGGGAGGGGGGGAGGAGGAGGGGGAGCUGUUGCGGGACUAGGGGGGAUGAAUUUCGGGGCUGCGCUGAGCGUGAAGAGCGAGGGGAGGGCGUUGAAGAAGGAGAAGAGCGCCGAGACGUUGGGGGAGAGCUUGUUGGACUUGUGA